GUGCUAAUAAAACGUCAGUUUCGCCGCAGACUUGCACCGAUCAAGUAUUCUGGUCUCGUAAGUUUUUUUUCAACCGUUCGACUUGUACAUCGCGAAGUGAUCGAAUUUCGAUUAGUUUUUCAAACAUGAUCUCCGCAACCGCGGUACUGUUGGCGUGCGCCGUGACAAUUGUCACCUGUGCCGGAAACUUACAGACCGUCAACGAAUGGACAUUGCUCCAGUACGAUGUGCCGUUCAAUUACCCCAAUGCCGACUCGUACAAGCCUGAAGUCACAAUAUCCACUGGAAUUGAAAUCGGUUGGGACAGAAUAUUCAUUACGACCCCGAGACUGUUCAACGGCAAUCCGGCCACGCUGGCGUGGGUGCCGCGCAACCGAGCCGGCGUGAACUUCGACACGCACAAAUCGCCGCUGCUGCAGGCUUAUCCCAACUGGGAAUGGCACAGCGAAGCGUCCAGCGGUGAUCUGCUGACGACGCCGACGCCCAACUGUUCCAGCCUGGUGUCCGUGUUUCGGGUCAGGGCGGACAGGUGUAACAGGCUGUGGGUGCUGGACAGCGGAGUCAUGGACAGCAUAGAGACGUUCAAGACGGUCUGCCCGCCCAAGUUGUUGGUGUUCGACAUGAGAACAGACCGAGUGGUGAGAAGCGUAACACUGCCCGCCGAAAUAUUGAGGCCCAACACCCUUUUGACAAAUCUGGUGAUCGAUGAUCAGGUUGAAGUGUCUCAUCUGCAAGACGGAUUCCUCGGAGAUUGUGAUAAUGUGUUUGUGUACAUGACCGACAGUACAAACCCGGGAAUUCUGGUGUACGACGCCCGACGUGACACAGCAUGGAGACUCUCGCAUCCGUACAUGUUCCCGGAUCCAGAUUUCGGAACCUUCUCGGUAGCCGGCGAAUCGUUCACCCUGAUGGAUGGCGUCAUCGGCUUAGCUCUAUCGCCUUUCGGGUCCGUAGGUCGCCGCCUGUACUUCCAGCCGUUCGCUUCCGACCGUCUGUUCUCCGUACCCACAUCCGCACUCAAGGCUGGACCAAAUUUGGGUGACGAUGCCGAUCUACCCGUGUCGCUGGUGGGCCACAAGUCUUCACAAGCCGCUCCGUUGGCUGUCGAUCCCAAGGACGGUGCUCUCAUAUUCAGUCCGGUGUCCGAAACGGCCCUGGCCACCUGGAUUCCGGGAUCCGUGGAACACGGUGUGCUAGCAUACAGCCCGGAGGAACUACAGUUCGUGUUGGACAUCAGAUCGGCUGAUCGCGACCAAGGUGCCAUUUGGGUGGUAUCGACGCGGUUACAACGGUUCUUCAAAAAGACUCUGGACAAACGGGAAGUGAACAUCCGCAUCAUGAGGAUACUCAGGGUUCCGGAGUUCUUGCCUUACGCGUUCAAUAACAAUAACUCUCUGCUGCUGUUCAAAUGAUCGGCUGCUGUUAUACUUUUGACAUUGCACCAAUCCGAUGAUAAUUUAUUGCUAAACUAUGUUGUAUUAGCCUGUAAUAAUAAUUAUAAAUAAUUUCAUGAUAGGUACCACACAUUGUAACAUUUAUACCAGAUGAUAUACGAUACGCAAAGCGUUUUUUGGUAUAUUAAUGAAUAAUGACGAUGCCAUUUUAUUUAGGGUUGCGGCGCUACGUCCGUAUAAUACGAUGACAUUAAAACGUUGACGGAGCUGCGACAUUUACUUUAAUAUAAUCCCAUUGUGUAAAUACUAGUAUUAAUUAAUAACGAUUGAAAUAUAAUUCCGAUCGGAUCCGGCCUAAACACCCGUCUAAAUGUUCAGAUGAUAAUAAUAAUAAUAAAACGAGAUAAUAUGUUAAUGCGACUCGAUAAUUGCAUAGGUUGUAUUAUUAUUUAUGUAAUAUAAUAAUUCGAUUAUUUUCGAACCGAGCUGAAGUCUCGAAACUUUAUACUUAUCCAAAGGUCUAGUGAUGCCAGCAAUAUUAUUUGUCAAAUGUUUUACAAUAAAAUACUGUUUCAACGCGUUAUAUAGGAUGCUAUUCUAUUUUGGUAAACAAUUAUUAUCGUCGUGACUUGAGAGAUAAAAUGCAAAUGUAAUCACAUAAGACACAAGUGCAUGAAUAUACGCCGAUGUUACCGAAGUAGCACUAUAGUACUCUGUUUAUUAUCACUUAAGUAUUUUAUGAUUGAUCAAAAUGUAUUAUUUAAUAUUAUAAUUUUAAGGAUAUUGUAAUUUAAGAAAUAUCCGUUAUUUUUUAGUCCAAUCAUAUAAUUAUUUCGGUUUUGUUAUUAUAAAACAAAUAUUUUGUGUGAUGUAUUUUACUGAGUAUAUUGAAUUACAGAAUACUAUAAUAAUAUA